AUGGAGACUGACGCUGAAAAGAACAUUCAAAUUUGGAAGGUGAAGAAGCUGAUCAAAUCCUUGGAGAAAGCAAGAGGUAAUGGUACUUCUAUGAUUUCAUUAGUCAUUCCUCCAAAAGGUCAAAUUUCGCUAAUCCAAAAGAUGCUGACAGAUGAAUAUGGUACGGCCUCAAAUAUUAAAUCCAGAGUUAAUCGUUUAUCUGUUCUAGGUGCCAUCACUUCUACGCAACAGAAGCUAAAGUUGUAUACUAAGGUACCACCUAACGGUUUGGUACUCUAUUGUGGUGAUAUCAUCACUGAAGAUGGUAAAGAAAAGAAGGUAACCAUUGAUAUUGAACCUUACAAGCCUAUUAACACAUCUUUGUAUCUUUGUGACAACAAAUUUCACACGGAAGUUCUAUCAGAGUUGUUGGAAGCUGACGAUAAAUUCGGUUUUAUUGUUAUGGAUGGUCAAGGUACUUUGUUUGGUCUGCUUUCUGGUAACACAAGGACAGUUUUGCACAAGUUUACAGUCGACUUACCUAAGAAGCAUGGUAGAGGUGGUCAGUCCGCUGUGCGUUUUGCUCGUUUAAGGGAAGAAAAGAGACACAAUUAUGUCAGAAAAGUGGCUGAAGUUGCAGUACAAAACUUCAUUACUAAUGAUAAAGUCAAUGUUAAGGGUUUGAUUUUGGCCGGUUCUGCUGACUUCAAGAGUGACUUGGCUAAGUCCGAGUUGUUCGAUCCAAGAUUGGCCGCUAAAAUCGUGAAGAUCGUCGAUAUAUCGUACGGUGGUGAAAAUGGUUUCAACCAGGCUAUUGAGUUGUCUGCUGAAACCCUAGCCAACGUUAAAUUCAUACAAGAGAAGAAGUUGAUUACUGAUUACUUCGAUGAAAUUUCACAAGAUACAGGGAAGUUUUGUUACGGUAUCGACGACACCCUAAAAGCCCUAGAUCUGGGUGCAGUUGAAACUCUGAUUGUUUUCGAAAAUCUGGAAAUUGUUAGAUAUGUGUACAAAGACUCCGAAGAGAAAGAAGUAGUGAAGUUUUCAACUCCCGGAAAUGAGGAUACAACAAUCGCUUUAGACAAGGAAACUGGCCAAGAGAUGGAUCUUGUUGAAGAGCAACUAUUGAUUGAGUGGCUAGCCGAAAACUACAAAAACUAUGGUGCCAAUCUGGAGUUCGUUACAGACAAAUCCUCUGAAGGUGCACAAUUUGUAACUGGUUUUGGUGGUAUUGGUGCCAUGUUGCGUUACAAGGUAAACUUCGAGCAGUUAGCAGAUGAUUCUGAAGAUGAAUAUUAUGACGAUGAUGAGGGCUCUGAUUACGACUUCAUCUGA